ACCGGCGGGGUCCUUAGCGAAGCCCGGAAGAGGCGCCGCGCCGCGCAUGCUCUUUCCUUUCUAGCCCGGGCUCCGUCUAGAGCAGCACCCGCCGCACCGCCGAGAUGUUGAUGCCCAAGAAGAACCGAAUUGCCAUCUAUGAACUCCUUUUUAAGGAGGGAGUGAUGGUAGCCAAGAAGGAUGUCCACAUGCCAAAGCACCCCGAGCUGGCUGACAAGAAUGUGCCCAAUCUCCAUGUCAUGAAGGCCAUGCAGUCUCUAAAGUCUCGUGGCUAUGUUAAGGAGCAGUUUGCAUGGAGGCAUUUCUACUGGUACCUCACAAAUGAGGGCAUUCAGUACCUCCGGGAUUACCUUCACCUGCCCCCUGAGAUUGUGCCUGCCACACUCCGAAGAAGUCGUCCUGAGACAGGAAGGCCAAGGCCCAAAGGUCUGGAGGGCGAGCGACCUGCCCGGCUUACUCGGGGUGAAGCUGACAGAGACACAUACAGACGAAGUGCUGCUCCUCCUGGUGCUGACAAGAAGGCUGAGGCCGGGGCUGGGUCAGCAACAGAAUUCCAAUUUAGAGGUGGAUUUGGUCGUGGACGUGGUCAACCUCCUCAAUAGAAACUGUAGAGAUAUGUUUCAUAUUCAAUAAAAUUUGGGAAAAAACAUUA